AGCGUGCUAGUGAAAGCAUCCAUCAACUGAAAUACGCCUUGGAGGAAAGACAGUUUGCAGAGGGUGAGGGUGAAGUUGGAUUUGACCAGUCCUCUGUGGACAAGGGCAGUGAUGAUGUGAACAGGGGCAAUGAUGACAGUGGAAAUGCAGUCUGGCAGGAACUGCAGCACAGUCAUGCAGUUAAUCAACUUAAAAUUUUGUUGCAACAUCAAGAAAGAGUGGAAAGUGAAGUCUCUCCAUCAAGGAGGAAGAUGUCAUUCUGUAAACCCCCAGAAGCUGCAACUGGAGACUUACCAGCCCUUUCUGAUCUUGUUCCUAUAAUCAAUGAUCAAUCACAGUACAUUAACCAUUUAGAAGCAGAAGUGAAGUUUUGCAAGGAGGAAUUGUCUGGGAUGAAAGAUCGAGUACAAGUAGUUGUUCUUGAAAAUGAGGAACUACGUCAGAAACUGAAGUUCUUAUCUGCGGAACAUAUGUUGAGAGAGCAAACUCUUCUAGAUGCCUCGGCAAAUACUCAGAACUCCUGGAUUGUUGGUGGUAAUGACUGUAGCAUGCGUCAGCCUGUCACCUCCUCACCAGCGCAUAACAAAGAUAAGGCUUUUGUUACAGCAGCUAUUGGAGAAAUAGAGAAAUGGCCUGUAGAACUGGAGAAACUGAAACUUCUUUAUCAAGAAAAAGUCAAUAUCCUUGAUGCUCAAAUACUGUCUCUAAGAAAAGACCUUUCAGAAUCUCAGAAGACAUGCAAAGAUUUGGAAGGAAGGCUAAAACACCACAAGUCACUCGUUUCAGCCAUGGAUUCUAACCGGGUUGGUGGUCUGUGUCUGAAAUGUGCACAGCACGAGGCAGUUCUUGCACAGACUCAUUCCAAUCUUCACAUGCAGACCAUCGAGAGGGUAACAAAAGAAAGAGAUGAGUUGAUGGAUGCACUUGUGUCACUGAGGCGAAACAUGAAAGAGAUGCAACAAAGAGAAUCUAAUGCUUGUGAGCAAGUUAAACAAGCUGUGCAAAUGGCAGAAGAGGCUAAUUUAGAAAAAACAAAG